GGGUCUUUCCUCAGCGUUGGGUCGCGGUGGCUGUGAGGGCAGAAGAAAAGGCCAGGCUGAGGGGAGGGUGGAGGGUGAAAAGCUCGGGUCUGUGUUGGGGAAGGCCAGGCUCGCGCUCCUGGCCGGGUUCCGCGAAGGGAACCUUGGCUGACUGACUUGGCAGGCGGGCGAAGGGCAACGUCUGAGCUCCCGGCGUUCCAGGAGCGGCCUCUUUUGGAGGAGAACCUGAAAUGCAGCGUCUGGUGCACUAAGCCGUAGCGGCAGCACCAGCCACAGCGACAGCGCUGGGGCCCUGUGUAGAAGCUCCAUCCCUCUUGUCUUUGUGCUUGCCUGCGUCCCCAGACUCAGAGGCAGAUUAUCUUAGAAGACCUAGGACUCCAAAAAUGUUUCCCCUGAAGGACGCUGAAAUGGGAGCCUUUACCUUCUUUGCCUCGGCUCUGCCACAUGAUGUUUGUGGAAGCAAUGGGCUUCCUCUCACACCAAAUUCCAUCAAAAUUUUAGGGCGCUUUCAAAUCCUUAAAACCAUCACCCAUCCCAGACUCUGCCAGUAUGUGGAUAUUUCUAGGGGAAAGCAUGAACGACUAGUGGUCGUGGCUGAACAUUGUGAACGUAGUCUGGAAGACUUGCUUCGAGAAAGGAAACCUGUGAGCUGUUCAACGGUUUUGUGUAUAGCAUUUGAGGUUCUUCAGGGCUUGCAGUAUAUGAACAAACAUGGUAUAGUACACAGGGCAUUGUCUCCUCAUAAUAUCCUGUUGGACCGAAAGGGACAUAUUAAAUUGGCUAAAUUUGGACUUUAUCACAUGACCGCUCAUGGUGAUGAUGUUGAUUUCCCAAUAGGGUAUCCCUCGUACUUGGCCCCUGAGGUAAUUGCACAGGGAAUUUUCAAAACCACUGAUCACAUGCCAAGUAAAAAACCAUUGCCUUCUGGCCCCAAAUCAGAUGUAUGGUCUCUUGGAAUCAUUUUAUUUGAGCUUUGUGUGGGAAGAAAAUUAUUUCAGAGCUUGGAUAUAUCUGAAAGACUAAAAUUUUUGCUUACUUUGGACUGUGUAGAUGACACUUUAAUAGUUCUGGCUGAAGAGCAUGGUUGUUUGGACAUUAUAAAGGAGCUUCCUGAAACUGUGGUAGAUCUUUUGAAGAAGUGCCUCACCUUCCAUCCUUCUAAGAGGCCAACUCCAGAUGAAUUAAUGAAGGACAAAGUGUUCAGUGAGGUAUCACCUUUAUAUACCCCCUUUACCAAACCUGCCGGUCUGUUUUCAUCUUCUCUGAGAUGUGCUGAUUUAACUCUGCCUGAGGAUAUCAGUCAGUUGUGUAAAGAUAUAAAUAAUGAUUACCUGGCAGAAAGAUCUAUUGAAGAAGUUUAUUACCUUUGGUGUUUGGCUGGAGGUGACUUGGAGAAAGAGCUUGUCAACAAGGAAAUCAUUCGAUCCAAACCACCUAUCUGCACACUCCCCAAUUUUCUCUUUGAGGAUGGUGAAAGCUUUGGACAAGGUCGAGAUAGAAGCUCGCUUUUAGAUGAUACCACUGUGACAUUGUCGUUAUGCCAGCUAAGAAAUAGAUUGAAAGAUGUUGGUGGAGAAGCAUUUUACCCGUUACUUGAAGAUGACCAGUCUAAUUUACCUCAUUCAAACAGCAAUAAUGAGUUGUCUGCAGCUGCCACUCUCCCUUUAAUCAUCAGAGAGAAGGACACAGAGUACCAACUAAAUAGAAUUAUUCUCUUUGACAGGCUGCUAAAGGCUUAUCCAUAUAAAAAAAACCAAAUCUGGAAAGAAGCAAGAGUUGACAUUCCUCCUCUUAUGAGAGGUUUAACCUGGGCUGCUCUUCUGGGAGUUGAGGGAGCUAUUCAUGCCAAGUACGAUGCAAUUGAUAAAGACACUCCAAUUCCUACAGAUAGACAAAUUGAAGUGGAUAUUCCUCGCUGUCAUCAGUACGAUGAACUGUUAUCAUCACCAGAAGGUCAUGCAAAAUUUAGGCGUGUAUUAAAAGCCUGGGUAGUGUCUCAUCCUGAUCUUGUGUAUUGGCAAGGUCUUGACUCACUCUGUGCUCCAUUCCUAUAUCUAAACUUCAAUAAUGAAGCCUUGGCUUACGCAUGUAUGUCUGCUUUUAUUCCCAAAUACCUGUAUAACUUCUUCUUAAAAGACAACUCACAUGUAAUACAAGAGUAUCUGACUGUCUUCUCUCAGAUGAUUGCAUUUCAUGAUCCAGAGCUGAGUAAUCAUCUCAAUGAGAUUGGCUUCAUUCCAGAUCUCUAUGCCAUCCCUUGGUUUCUUACCAUGUUUACUCAUGUAUUUCCACUACACAAAAUUUUCCACCUUUGGGAUACCUUACUACUUGGGAAUUCCUCUUUCCCAUUCUGUAUUGGAGUAGCAAUUCUUCAGCAGCUGCGCGACCGGCUAUUGGCUAAUGGCUUUAAUGAGUGUAUUCUUCUCUUCUCCGAUUUACCAGAAAUUGACAUUGAACGCUGUGUGAGAGAAUCUAUCAACCUGUUUUGUUGGACUCCUAAAAGUGCUACUUACAGACAGCAUGCUCAACCUCCAAAGCCAACUUCUGACAGCAGUGGAGUCAGAAGUUCGGCACCUUAUUUCUCUGCUGAGUGUCCAGAUCCUCCAAAGACAGAUCUGUCAAGAGAAUCCAUCCUAUUAAAUGACCUAAAGUCUGAAGUAUCACCACGGAUUUCAGCAGAGGACCUGAUUGACUUGUGUGAGCUCACAGUGACAGGCCACUUCAAAACACCCACCAAGAAAACAAAGUCCAGUAAACCAAAGCUCCUGGUGGUUGACAUCCGGAAUAGUGAAGACUUUAUUCGUGGUCACAUUUCAGGAAGCAUCAACAUUCCAUUCAGUGCUGCCUUCACUGCAGAAGGGGAGCUUACCCAGGGCCCUUACACUGCUAUGCUCCAGAACUUCAAAGGGAAGGUCAUUGUCAUCGUGGGGCAUGUGGCAAAGCACACAGCUGAGUUUGCAGCUCACCUUGUGAAGAUGAAAUAUCCAAGAAUCUGUAUUCUAGAUGGCGGCAUUAAUAAAAUAAAGCCAACAGGCCUCCUCACCGUCCCAUCUCCUCAAAUAUGAAGAACCAAGAGUGUGACUGCCAAAAGUCAGCGUGGCAUCAGCACCAACAGCACAGUUCUUCAUAUCCAUGCCACUCUCAGACAAAACUAGAUGUCCAGGUUGUUGCAUUUCCAUAAAGUUUGUCAUGAGACAUUUUUUAAAAUCUCAUAACCCACAUGUUCAGCUAUCCACGUGAGAAACUUGACUGUAAAUGUAUUGCUGAAAGAAUUUUCUUAACAGUGAAAUCUGAUCAUAUAUUUUUACCACACUGCCACAGAAAGCCCAAGAAAUUCAGCUGACAAGACAGAUUUAGCAUUAUCAAGAAAUCCCAGUUGCCCUGAAAAAGCUGUCCUCCAUUGUACUGAACAGACAGUCCUGUUGAUUGUCUUAUUUAGAAACAUACACUGAAUGUGGGCUGAAAUCAUCAUCUUUCAAUGAUAAUGAAAAUUGAGAAACUAUUCACAAUGCAUUCCUUAUAAAUAAAUGCUACAUUUAGUAACUCAUUUCACCCAAAAAAGGUUUGUGUGUGUGUGUGUGUGUGUGUGUGUGUGUGUGUGUGUGUGUAGAGGAAGUGGAGUUUAUCCCAUUGCAGAAAGUGGUAAUACUUACUCCCAGAAAAAUGAAAUUUAGAAACCAUUCAUAUUUGAUAGAAUAUUUGGUCAGUUCCUGUAGCAAAGAUGAAUGGCUUAAACAAAUUUUCUAGUUUCUUUAUCACACGAAAGUCUGUAUAGUCAGUCCAGGGCUAGUAUACUGGUUUCCUAAUCAUUAAGAACUCAUUAUCUUCUCUCAUUGCUUUACCAACCUCAAUACGUGGCAUCCAUCUGAUGGAUGAAAAUGGCUCCUCAGCUUCUACCAUCACAUCUGCUAUCUAGAAGAAGAGAAUGAGGGAAGGAGGGAGGGGAUGAAGAGAAAAGAAGAAAUGAAAGAAGGAGGGAGGAAAGACAGAAGAAAAGAAAGGAAAAGAAUCGAAGCAUGCUCCUUGCCUUUAAGGUCAUAAACCAGAAGUUGCACACACUACCUCUGCUUACAUAUCAUUGGCCAGAACUUAGGUGCAUGGCCACACCUAGCUUUAAGGAAAACUGGAAAUACAGUCUUUGGGUGGUUGAUCAUUUCCCCAGCUAAAAAAAUUCUUAUUACUGUGUGGGAAGAAGAGAGUACAUACUGAGGUACAGCUAACAACCUGUGCCUCUGCCACAUUGUUUUUAAAAUGAGUAUUAUAGUUCAUUAAAUCUAAGACAUCUCACAAUUUUAGGUACCACAAAGAAAAAAAAAAUGAAGCCAAAUGAAUUGUGACACGUUGUCAAUUAAAAGACACAUUCCCUGGGAGGCCAAGGUCAGGAGUUUGAGACCAGCCUGGCCAACAUGGGGAAACUCUAUCUCUACUAAAAAUAUAAAAAUUAACUGGUCAUAGUGGCACCCAUCUGUGGUCCCAGCUACUCAGGAGGCUGAGGCAGGAGAAUCACUUGAACCUGAGAGGCAGAGGUUGCAGUGAGCCGAGAUAGGGCCACUGUACUCCAGCCUGGGCAACAGGGUGAGACUCCGUCUCAAAAAAAAAAAAAAAAAAAAAAAUACAUUCCCAUUUCAGAAAUCUGAAAAAAAUAUGCCUCUUAUAUAUAUGAAAUAUAGCAUAUCCUUUAAUUAUCUUCAAUUUUGUUUUAAUUAAAAAGUGUUCAUUCAUCUAUAACUUAUAUUCCACUCCAAUGUUAAGACUGCCUAGGCAGAACAUUUCAAUAAGAGCCUCAAUUCAGCUAUCUGGGCCAUGGUUUUGUUGUUGCUGCUAUUGUUUAUUUUAUUUUAUUUUUUCUUUGCAUCUACUUUUUAAAUUGAGAUAUACUUACCAUAAAAUUCAUCCUUUUAAAAUGUACAAUUCAGUAGUUUUUAGUGUAUUCACAAAGUUGUGCAACCACUAUUAUCCAGAAUACUUUCAUUGUAUGCAAUUGUCUACCUGAUCAGCAGGUAUUCCACGUUAACCCCUCCCAAGGUCUUUGAUAAAUUUUUGUAUAUGGAGUGAGGGGUCCAGGUUCAUUCUUGCAUAUGAGUAUCCAGUUGUCCCAGGACCCAUCCUGUUUUGUUUGGUUUAUUCAAUUUAUUUGGUCAUUCACCAAAUAUGUUUUGAAUACCUACUAUAUAUGUCUAAGACACUAAUAUAAUCCAUAGUUAUAUCAUUUGUGGUCCUUACCUAGUUUACAAGGGAAAAAAUGUGAGAAUUAAUGAGAACAAAUAUUUACCAAGAUUUCACCAACAUUGUUUUUGGGCCAUUGUCUAUCCUCUUGAGAGAAAUACUAAGACCUCCUGUCCUGGCAAUUACUAUUCUUUUCCUUCAAUCUUUGAUGACUUACCCGAGUUCAUAAUCAGAAUGCAGCAUUGAUGAUCAUUCUGAGUCUUAACAUUGCCUUACUGAGAAAGCAGAGAAUCAGAGGGAUGGAGGGGCAGUGAUUUGAGUUGAAUAAGGUGGUAGGUAGUAGGAGAGAAUGAAGACCUUGUGAGGAGAGCUAUGUAAGAAGAUAAUAGUAGCAAUCCUCUGUCAUGAUUUUGCAUUUGAUCUUUCUUAAAACUUGACACAUUUAGGCUUAUUCCAAGAAAUUGAAGUUUUUUAAACAUGAAAAUUAUAAUAUUUAAUAUUCUCAACAGUGAAGUAAGAAAGAGCACACUAUCACUGCCAUGUUUAUACACAGGGCAUGUUAUUUCAUGGUGGAUGAUACCAACAAAGUUGACCUCAACAACUAUUUGUUAGAUUAAACGUAUAUAACCCAGGAUUUAUUUGAGUUCCUUUUUAAUAUAUUAUUGAUUCCUACACGAUGACUAUCAGCACUGUUUCUGGCUCUACCUGGGAUGCCAUAACUACCACCACCAGCCCACACAGAUAUACAUACACACACACACACACACACACACACAAACUCACAUACAUAAACAUACUUAUUAACUCUUGAUAAUCUAGCAACAACAGUGUACCUCCUCCAGUCUUCUCUGGCUUCCCCAUGCUGCAUUAAGAGCCUCAAAUCUACCAAAGCAUUCCAUUCAUACUUCUAAUAAUAGAUUUAUUAAUCAUUUUGCAAUUGUUUGUUUAUAUUUAGGCCCCUAUUAAAAUAUGAGCUGAAGAUCAGGAGCUAUAAUUUAUACCUCUUGCUACCUUCAGCUACCCACCACAUUGGAUAUGCUCAAUUAAUAUAAAAUUGAAUCUCUAAUCAAUUUUAGAAUCUCUUUGAAGGGAGAAAAAUAAAAAUAACCUGUGGUAAUUUUUUUCAACUGCCAAACUUACCUGGUACCUGAUAGUAUAGAAAUAAAUUGAAAUCUCAAUUCACAGAGUGAAAAAAGGAUCUCUAAAGUCUCAUCCAGCUCUAAAAUCUGAUAAUUCUAGAAGCUGGAGCAGAUAACUUCCAAAAUAAGGUAAUUUAAUCUAGUUGCAUCCUCUUUUCAAAAUACAGAAAUGUUAGAUUCAAAAAGCAUAUUAAAAAUAACUAAUGCUUAACCAAGUUUGAAAGAAAGAAAUUUCUUGAUGUCAGAAAUGAAAAGGACCUGAAAGGCACAGCUUUUAGGCCCGUGGGAUAUCCAGUAUCAAUAUAAGCCCUAGGAACUCGGGUUUUGGAAUGCAUAUAGAAAUAGAAGACAUAGCUUUGGACCUUCUGGGUGGGAGUUCUAAUUAAGACCUCUUAUGAAGUGACAGUCUCAAGGAACUCCGCUCCAUGAAAUGACGAGACAUAACUUCCUGCCAAAUUAGGGGAGCUACAGAGGAGAUUGUCAUUCGCCUGGUUAUUCUUGAUGAAGGAAGAAAAAUCUAUUAUAGACAGAGUUGUUCAGUGGAAAGUCUGGGGUAAGUUCCUGAUUUUAGAACAGGCUUUAGUGCACUUUAAAAGGAAAACAAUGAAUUAUAUAAAACUUUUAGAGGACACAGUGGUACCAGAUUUUUGUUCAAUUCCUGUGCUUUCCUCCUCCAGAUAGUUACCAAAAAAUAUUCCUUUGGGAAUUAGUAUCAAAAGGAUUCUAUAGCAUCUCAAAAGAAUCUUAUUCACUUUGGGAGGCCGAGGCGGGCAGAUCACGAGGUCAGGAGAUUGAGACCAUCCUGGCUAAUACGGUGAAACCCCAUCGCUACUAAAAAUACAAAACAUUAGCCAGGCGUGGUGGUGGGCGCCUGUAGUCCCAGCUACUCAGGAGGCUGAGGCAGGAGAAUGGCGUGAACCCAGGAGACGGAGCUUGCAGUGAGCCAAGAUCGCUCCACUGCACUCCAGCCUGGGCUACAGAGCAAGACUCCGUCUCAAAAAAAAAAAAAAAAAAAAAAAAAAAAAAAAAAUCUUAUUCAGUAGUCUCAUUUAAUAAAAUCCACUACAAGGAGAGAAGACUGCUGCCUUGACUAUAUAGACAGGGUUGGCAGAUAUUUCAUUUUAUCAGUUGUAACUAGUAAUCCCAUUGUUAUACAUGCUGGCCCAAAAUACAGCUAUUAUUAACCAAAUAAUGCAUUUUUCUUGAUAAAUAUUGAUUAAAUCAGUUUGGAAGCAAAAUGGUAAUAUUUAUGAUCGAUUUUAGUUUGGAUGUUCAAUGUCAAGACCAAACACUCUUCAAAGCUACCAACUUCAAUUUUAUGUGGAAAACUAAUGGUGAAGAGUUUCAAACUUUAACUGAUACUUGACAUUUAACAGGAUAUGUAAUUGCUCACACACAACCUUUAGGUUUUGUAAUCCAGUUUUAUCUCAUACAAUAUUAGAAACAGUACACAUUGUAAAUAGCUAUUUUAAAAGUUAGCCAUAUUUUAUAAAGUCACAUGUAUUUAUAUCUUUUCUGAGUAAUUUUCUUGUUAAUGCCUUAUGAUAAGUGUUUGUAACAUGAAAACUAAACUUGGAUCUUGGCAUAUUCAGUGUUCCAUAGAUAGAUUGUGAUAUGCAUAGCUUCUAUUGUGACUUUCAGGCCUAAUGUCUCCUCUUAAGUUGUUAUUCUUUAAUAUCCUUUCUCAUUCCUUUCAGAGGGCCUGUUAUUAGUUUGCAUUGUCUGCAGCAUUUCAAUAAUACUGAUCUGUUCUAAUAAACAGUUCUAAAUACUG